AUGGCGGCCAAGAUCUCGCUCAAGCUCACCAACCGUGCUCCCAAAAAGGGCUUCCGCAACCUGCCCUCCCAGAUCGAGCUGUCCGCCGACGCCACAGUCGAGGAUGCGAAGAAGGCCAUCGCAGCCGCCAGCGGCGUCAAGGACUUCAACCGCGUCGGCCUGUUCGACCCCGAGUCCAAGAAGACGCUCAAGAACCGCAAGGCUCUGGUGCGCGAUGAGCAGGGCGUCAUGGCCGCUGGCGAGCUGCUGGUGAAGGAUCUUGGCCCCCAGGUCGCCUGGCGCACCGUCUUCGUCAUCGAGUACUUCGGGCCGAUCCUGUUCCACGUCCUGGUUCCCCUGGUGCGUCCAUACAUCUACCGGGUUGAGCCCUUCGUCUACAAGAGCGAAGCCGAGACGCCCAUGAGCCAGGUGCAGUGGCUACUGUUCGCCCUCUUCCACAUCCACUUCCUCAAGCGCGAGUACGAGACAAUCUUCGUGCACAAGUUCUCCGCCAACACCAUGCCCGCCCGCAACAUCUUCCGCAACUCUGCCUUCUACUGGUUCCUGGCUGGUCUCCUCUGCGCCGUCGACAUCUACGCCCCUGGUAACCUGGCCGACCGCAACGAGCUCGGCCUGCUCGACUACGCCGGCAUUGCUAUCUUCGCCAUUGGCGAGACCUGCAACUGGAUCGUCCACCAGCACCUGGCCAGCCUGCGCAAACCCGGCGGUACCGAGCGUGGCAUCCCCAACUGCAUCGGCAGCAACUGGGUCACCAGUCCGAAUUACAUGUUUGAGGUGCUUGCUUGGGUUGGCGUGAUCCUGGUCAGCCGCAGCUGGGCCGUGGUCGUCUUCAUCUGCACCGGCAUCAUCUACAUGCGUGCCUGGUCGCGCGACAAGGAGAAGGCCCUACGCAAGGAGUUUGGCGACCGCUACAAGAAGAAGCGCUACACCAUGCUCCCGGGCCUCAUCUAG